AUGCGGCGCGCCAGCCGAGACUACUCCAAGUACCUGCGCGAGGGCGCCGAGGAGCCUGGCGCCUUCGGCCCCGACUGCCCCCCGUCGCCCUCGCCCGCCUCGGCGCCCCCCGCCGCCGCCGCCUCCUCGCGCGCCCUCCUGGCCGCCCUGCUGCUGCUGGGCCUCGGGCAGGUGGUGUGCAGCGUCGCCCUCUUCCUCUACUUCCGCGCCCAGAUGGACCCUGGCAGAAUUUCCGAAGACGACAUGCACUGUUUGCGGACUUUCUUGAGACUCCACGGGAACGUCGAUCUGCAGGAAACCGCCGUGACGAGCCUGGAGUCGCGGCUCAUGUCUGAAUCGUGCCGAAGGAUGAAGCAGGCUUUCCAGGGAGCAAUGCAGAAGGAAGUGCAGCGUAUUAUUAUUGGGAAAGACCAGCCCAUAUCUGAGAAAUAUACUGUGGAAACCUCCUGGUUGGAUUUAUCCAACCCAAACAAGCCCAGCAAAGCACCACUGGCUCACCUGCUCCUUGACGGCGAAAACAUCCCAACUGGCACCCGUAAGGUGAACCUCACCUCCUGGCACUACGACAAAGGAUGGGCAAAUUUAAUCAACAUGACGUUCAGUGAUGGAAGACUCGUCGCCAGUCACGAUGGUUUUUACUAUCUGUAUGCCAAUGUCUGCUUUAGACACCAUGAAACGCUGGGGAAUCUAACCAGCCAUCUGCACUUGAUGGUGUACGUGACAAAAAUAGAUGCGAGAAGGAAAACCUCGGUGAUCCUGAUGAAGGGGGGCAGCACCAAGGACUGGUCCGGGAACUCAGAAUUUCAUUUCUAUUCUGUAAACUUAGGAGGGUUUUUCAAACUGAGAUCUGGGGAGAAGAUUGGUAUCGAGGUGUCAAAUCCUUCGUUAUUGGAUCGCAAUCCAAUAGGAACCUACUUUGGGGCCUUUAAAAUAAGGGAUAUUGAUUGAGACUUGAUUUGAGGAGCUGUUCCUA